AUGGCAUUUGGAUUAGAGACAAUGCUGGAGAAAUCACAGACUCUGUUGGGGUCAGAUCACGCAUCGGUCGUGUCAAUGAACUUGUUCGUUGCUCUGCUUUGCGCUUGUAUCGUCCUCGGUCACUUACUCGAAGAGACUCGGUGGAUGAACGAAUCAAUCACUGCUCUUAUCAUCGGUUCAUGUACUGGAAUUGUGAUCUUGCUUAUAAGUGGAGGAAAGAGUUCAAGGAUUCUUGUGUUUAGUGAAGAUCUCUUCUUCAUUUAUCUUCUUCCACCUAUUAUAUUCAACGCAGGGUUUCAGGUUAAGAAGAAGCAAUUUUUCCGCAACUUCAUGACCAUUAUGUUAUUUGGUGCUAUUGGUACUCUUAUUUCAUUUGUUAUCAUUUCAUUAGGUGCUAUACAUUUUUUCGAGAAAAUGAAUAUUGGAGAUCUCACCAUUUCGGAUUAUCUAGCCAUUGGAGCAAUAUUCUCUGCUACGGAUUCUGUUUGCACCUUGCAAGUGCUUAAUCAAGAUGAGACACCUCUCUUGUAUAGUCUUGUCUUUGGAGAAGGUGUAGUGAACGAUGCUACAUCUGUCGUGCUUUUCAACGCGAUACAGAGAUUCGAUCUCACACACAUUAAUUCAACUAUAGCUUUGGAGUUUGCCGGAAACUUCUUUUAUCUCUUUAUCUUAAGCACAGCACUUGGUGUUGCAGCUGGAUUGCUUAGUGCUUACAUAAUCAAGAAACUCUAUUUCGGAAGGCAUUCUACUGAUCGUGAAGUUGCACUAAUGAUGUUAUUGGCUUACUUAUCAUACAUGUUGGCAGAGCUAUUUCAGUUAAGCUCUAUCUUGACUGUGUUCUUCUGUGGGAUUGUUAUGUCUCAUUACACAUGGCAUAAUGUUACAGAUAACUCAAAGGUUACUACAAAACACACUUUUGCUGCAAUGUCAUUUCUAGCUGAGAUCUUUAUCUUUCUUUACGUUGGAAUGGAUGCUCUCGAUAUCGAAAAAUGGGACGUUGUACGCAACAGUCCUGGUAAGUCGAUUGGAGUGAGUUCAAUACUUCUCGGGCUUGUUCUUCUGGGCCGUGCCGCAUUCGUGUUCCCUCUUUCGUUCUUGUCGAAUUUGACAAAGUCUUCACCGGAUGAGAAAAUCGAUUUCAAGAAACAAGUAACCAUUUGGUGGGCUGGUUUGAUGCGUGGUGCAGUGUCCAUGGCUCUUGCUUAUAAUCAGUUCACGACUUCAGGACAAACCAAGUUAUUUGGAAAUGCUAUCAUGAUCACCAGCACCAUCACUGUUGUUCUAUUCAGCACUGUGGUGUUUGGGUUGCUAACCAAACCGUUAGUAAAACACUUGCAACCUUCAGUAAAACGGUCUUCCACGACCGCGCUGCAAAUAUCACCGAGAUCUUCUUUCCACGAGCCGCUCCUCGUUAAUGGCGGUAGUAGCUACAUCCAAGGCCCAUCAGACUACGACAUUGAUCAUCCAAUCAGCUGUGGAAUGUUUUGGAACACUCCGUCUCGAGCCGUUCAUCAUUAUUGGAGGAAAUUCGAUAAUGCGGUUAUGCGUCGCAUAUUUGGCGGUCGAGGCGUUUCGCCCGUAGUUCCAGGUUCACCGAUUGAGCCUAGUGUUCCACAGUGGAGUGAACAAGUAGAGAACAAGGAUGCUGAACCUUGA